AUGGACGACUCAGUCAGGUCUUUAAUCAGGUUUGUUAGCAGAGGAUUCUACAGCACACCAUAUGUCUUGAUUCUAGAUGCCGUACUACGUCACUCUGUUCUAUCAGAAGACGAUUUAAUCCACUUGAUUGGUAUCAAAAGAAAAGAAUUACGAUCACUUUGUAAUAGACUAGUUGAAGAUCGAUUAUUGAUAAAUCAUAUCCAAAGAGAAGACAAUGGACAACAGAAGUAUGUCACUCGAACUUACUUUUAUAUACAUAUAACUGAAGCUAUUGACUCCAUCAAAUGGAAAGUCCAUACUAUUGUUAACCAUUUGAAACAAGAAAUGUCCAGUUUUGGUAAUCCCCAAGGGUAUGUCUGUCCUAGAUGUGGUAAAAAAGUAUCACAGUUGGAUGCUAUUUCCUUAUUGAGUGAAGAUAAAACUGAAUUUAUAUGUGAUGUAUGUCAAGGAGUCUUGAUUGAGGAUGAUUCAUCACAACAAGCCAUUCUAAAACAAGAAAAACUUGAAGAUUUAAUGUUACAAAUUGACCCUAUAAUCAAGUACUUGAAAAUCAUUGAUGAUUCGCAAAUCCAAGAUAAUGAUUUUGAAAGCUCGUUGCUACAAGCUAUUCCUGCACAAUCAACUACAUCAGCUCAAUACACAUUAUCGAAUCGUGUUAGUUCUAAAUCAAGGUCGGGUUUUGGGGCCAAUGCCCAAUCCAUGCAGAAUGCCGCAGCAAGAUCACAAGCCACUUUGCAUGUUUCAAUUACUGCUAAUGAUGAGAAUUACGAACGUGAACAAUUGGAAAAGGAGAGAAGAAGACAAAAAUUGGAACAAAAUGCAUUACCUUCAUGGCAUUCCAAUAGUACUGUUGGUAAUUCGCAAAAUGUGGAUUAUGUGAAGGAAGAAGAUGUAGAUGGUGAAAUUGGAGAAGAAGGAGAAAGAGUCAAGAGAGAGAAUGGUGAGCAAAAUGUUAAGCAAGAAGGUAGAGGAAAUGGUACAUUGGAAGAUGGAAAUGAUACAGGCACAGAGCUGUCUUCGGUAUUGCAUACACCGGAGCCUGCUACUUCUUCGGGUGCUGUAUCUACUUCGCCUCUACAAUCAACAAUUAAUAAUACUUCCAAUUCACACACUGAUCUUAAGGAUCAAGAAGCGCAAAAUGCAUUGGCUCAAUAUUAUGCUCAACUUGCUGAACAAGAAAAAGAUGAUGAAGAUGAUGAAGAAGAUGACGAUGACGAUGACGAUGACGACGAUGAUGAUGAUGAGUUUGAUGACUUGAUAUAG